AUGGAGUUACUGGCAGAAGAGGGAAGAGAGCCCUGGGAGACGCAGGUGCGCCAGAGCCUGGUCCCACUGUACUUCCGCUGGCACGACGAGAACCAACGGGUGGCAGAGGCCGCUCGGGAAGCGCUGCUCUGGGCUGCAAGCUUCCUCCAGAGGAAGGACCUGGAGCAGCUGCUGAAGACAGAGCAGCCCUUCAGGUUCUGCGAUUGCCUGAUGGAAAAGGACAUGAGCCAAAGGGGCGAGCACCUGCACCAGGCCCUGCCCUACCUGCAGAGCCCACAGGAGCCCCUGCGAGAGGCAGCCGUCAGGUUCAUGGGGGUGGUCGGCUGGCACAUGAGGGAGCGGCAGCAAGACCUGUGGCCCAUCCUCAAAGCCCUUACAGCCAUGAGCGAGGACGACUGCCCCUCCCUCUCCACCAUGAGAGCUGCACUCAUGGCCACUUACAGCCAUGCCAUGAGAACUCCACCUGCUCCACUGAGACGACCAAUGUCCCUGCAACAGCCCCCCACCACAGCCCAGGGACCACUUCUCAGCGCGGCUGCAGCUCCAGCUGAUGCUGGGCCCAACUGAGCCAGCCCGCAAGGCCAGGCAGCUCCUG